ACAACGUGCGGAACGAAGAAGACAGCUGGUGGGGGUAGCUAGGUAGUGAACUGUGGGAGCGCCUCAAUUCAGUAAUCAAAUCAUACACAUUAAGCUACUUAGCUAUCUGUCUUAUUCAAGAGCUCACGUGGGUAGUGUUAUCAACAGCCCUUUGCGAACUCGCUUUUAUUCAAGAGGAGACGAGAGCUAGCUAGUUAACGUUACUGUAGCUAGCAAUUCAGCUAUCCUUUAACGUUACAGAUGCAGCCAUCAAACUACAGGUCGAAACUGAUAGUUAUCUAAAUUAUCUGUCUAUUUUGAAGCAAUACAAGAUUGUAGCUAGCUUUUUCACCAAGCCAGAACUUUGAAUUAGAUAGCUCCGUGUGCUACGGAGAAAUACAGCAUCAUUGAUAGCUAACUUUUGACUAAUUCAAAGACUCCUUGAGGGAAUGGACUUUACAUUGGACUUUGCAGCAGGAUGCAUAGGAGGUGCUGCCGGUGUCUUGGUCGGGCAUCCUUUUGACACUGUAAAGGUACGACUCCAAGUUCAGAGUGUGGACAGACCUCUGUACCGCGGAACAUAUCACUGCUUCCAGUCUAUCGUACGGCAAGAGUCGAUGACGGGUCUGUACAAAGGCAUUGGCUCCCCCAUGAUGGGCCUGACCUUUAUCAAUGCCAUCGUGUUCGGUGUCCAGGGCAACGCCAUGCGCAGGCUGGGCCACGACACGCCGCUCAACCAGUUCCUGGCCGGAGCGUCGGCGGGCGCGUUGCAGAGCGUCAUUUGCUGCCCCAUGGAGCUGGCCAAGACGCGCAUGCAGCUGCAGGGGCUGGGCGAGAGGAAGUCCAAGCAGAAGCUGUACAAGAACUCUCUGGACUGCCUGGUGCGCAUCUACCGGAAGGAGGGCUUCCGCGGUAUCAACCGGGGUAUGGUGACCACGCUAGUCCGUGAGACACCAGGUUUCGGGAUCUACUUCCUGACCUACGACGUACUGACGCGCUCUCUGGGCUGCGAACCCGAUGACCCCUACAUGAUCCUCAAGUUGCUGUUUGCCGGAGGCAUGUCGGGCAUCGCCUCGUGGAUCUCCACCUACCCCGUGGACGUCAUAAAGUCCCGGCUCCAGGCAGACGGCGUGGGCGGCCACAACAAGUACAAUGGCAUCGCUGACUGUGUGCGUCAGAGCCUGAAGCGGGAGGGCUGGCGGGUGUUCACGCACGGCCUCACCUCCACGCUGCUCCGGGCGUUCCCCGUCAACGCCACAACCUUCGCCACCGUGACUCUGUUCCUCAUGUACAUGCGAGACGAUGAGGGCGCCGUCAAAGACUGCGAGCCCCAGCCUGCCCACUCCUCGCUCACUGUGAGCCCACAGCAGGCCCAGCCCUCAAGCUUGUGAAUGGGAGAAGAUGGUGUUUCUGCUCUGGUGACCCUUAUUGGGUUGGAAGUGGGCCCACAAUGCACCAGCUAAUAAGCUGAUGUGACUUGACCACUCAAUGUCAGCUUCACGAAGGCUAUUUUUACAAGAUGUAUGUAUGUUCAGAUGGUAAACCGCGCUUGUAAAUACUUGUCCCUUUUUGACCCCUGGUUUUGUACAGAGCACCCUUUUUUAUAUAAUUGUUUAGUCUUUUUGAGAACUAAUUGGUAAAUCGUGGGGGGAAAAACUAGCAGUGAAAAAGCACAAAAAUGGCUGACCUAGUCAUCCCUUAUACAUGUAUAUGUGUGCACAGCUGAGUAUGUUUAUGUAUGUCUGAAGGGCUUGUGGUAAUGACUGGAGUGGGAUCUGUAGAAUAGUAUCAAACACAUGGUUUCCAGGCGAUUGAUACCGUUCCUUUUGUUCCUUUCCGGCCAUUUAUUAUGAGCCGUUUUCCCCUCAGCAGCCUCCACUGGUCUGAAGGUAUGUACAUAUGCUCUACUGUAUAGAUACAUGCAGCUUUCCUAUUAAAAUACUCAUUAGUAGAGUCCUAGCCAGGGAUUCCAAACUAAGGGUCCAUUCACACAGCUUGAGGGGUGGAACUCAUCCAGGAAGGAAGCCAUUUCAUUGGUUCUAAUCAAUGAUUCUGCCGGCUAGGACCAAUGAAAUUACUUCCUUGCGUAGAUUUUUACGGCGAGCAGUGUGAAUGCACCCAUAGGUCCGAGUGAAUAUUCUCUCAAGGAAAAUUUAUCUACCCUGUUAGAAUGCCACUGGAUAUUCCAGAGUCGGGUGUGAGGUCUGCAUUAGCUGGUUCCUGAUUUAAAUUACUCUUGGCUAAAUUUACACAGGCAGCCCAAUUCUGAUCUUUUGCCCAAUUGUUGGUGAAAGAGCUGAUCUGCAAAAUAGAUCAGAAUUGGGCUGCCUGGGUAAAAGCAGCCUUAGUUCUUCUUGAUAAUCCUAAAGUUAAACACAGUCAUGGAUUUCAACUCCGUCUUGUCUCAGACCUUGUAAAGGUGACACCUUAUUUCUCAUUUUACUGAAAGAUUCAGAAUUAACUGAAACAUUUGCUCAUGUGUGCUGAAAUGACUGCAUGAAAUGUCAUGAGCGAAGUGCAGAGCAAAAAAUUAUAAUUGUUUUGAUUAAAAACAUUUUUUAGUACAAUACCAUUGUACUGUAUUUGAGGCGGCACAGUCCCUAGCAGUAUAAAACAGCCUGAUUCUGUUACAUUGUUUGUAAAAAAUGUACCACUUUUGCCCAAAAACAUGAUAUUGACUAUACAUCUCAUGAUUUUUAUUUUAUAAAUUAUUCUACACGCAUGAUAUAUGAAUGUGUAAAGGAAUCUCUUGAAUAUUGCGUCCAUUCACGUACAGACCUUGAAUUGAAUUGCAACCGUGUGGUUCACAAGAACAUGUUACAUAACUAGUUUCUAUAUGGUGGAUGACACUGCUUGUACAGAGAUGUGUUACUCAUGAUGUAUUUAUACUGUGAACUUGGGUCAGUGCUUUCGCUCCCUCGUCUUGUUUCUUUUAUAGCACCUAGACAUUCAAGGGCAACUCAACUAAAUGGAAUGCUGCUUCCUUUCUGUUUUACUGUAAUGUAAAACGACCAAUCAGAGCUAGAUAUUUGUUCAGAAGAGCACAAGUGCUUUAAAAGGCCAGUUACUCUUAAUUUGUACGUGUCAUAUUUGUUCUGUAUCGGUCGUAAUGUCUUUCAACCAAAGCAAUAUGUGGGGAAAAAACAUGUCAGAAUAAAACUAUAUGAAAUGA